AUGAUUUUACCUCGACUUCACCAUUUGAAUGGUGUAAGACCGGGUGUCAAAGGAUGGGAGUCAGGUAUUUCACUUAAGGUGAACCACUGUGCCCUGGAAAUGACUGACAGGCAGUGUGCUGCUAGUAGCAGUGGUGACAAUAGCCUUGUCUUCGAGGCGUUACUUCUUACAUGA